UUAGUGUAGAUUGCCUGAACAAAAAGAAAAAUAACAUCUUCACAAAACUCGAGAGCCUAUCUGAAAUCAAAUCACAAAUCAAGGAAGGAAUGUGGGAACAAAAAUUAGGGUUUAGUCUCAUUUAAUAAUGGCAUUUGCUGAAGAAGGAAGAAGAGAAGGAAUUCCAAUUUCAUUGAUUAAACAACUUCAGAUCUCUCUUAGAGAAGAAGCUGGGGUUCCUUCUUCUUACGAUCCUCAAGAUCCGUCACUUUAUUUCGAUCAUCUCCACUCUUCAUCAUCUUCUUCUUCUCUUAGUGAUAUACUUGAAAAAUUCGAUCCAUCAGUACCUUCUUAUCUUCGGUGCAAGCAAUGCCGAGCACCACUUCUUCGAGGUCUACAAUCGAUUGUUUGUACUUUCUGUGGUGUACAAGUGAAGAAAGAUAUCCCUCCCGAUCCAAUUUCUUUCAAAUCUACUCACUCUUAUAAAUGGUUACUCGAAUCUCUCGACUUGAAUGGCUCGGAGGCUGUUGGAUUAGAAGAUAGUGGUUCAAGUAAAGGAAAGGAUGCACCUAAGGAUGAUUUGAUCUUAUCUGAUCUAUUUGAUUUAGAACUAAAGUGGCCUACUGAUCAGGGGAAACCCGAAACUGUAACCAAUAAUAAGGCAUCAUUUCAGAGUAAUAGUUCUCUGAACUUGGCAGGAGUGGAUUUGGACAACUAUUUCACUGGAACAACGAAGGAGGCUGCUACUGCUCAGGAAAGUCCUAAUUUGUUUGAGAAUACCCAGGCUUAUACAGUUGGGGCAGGUCCAAAUGAGGGGGCUGGUGGUGAAAAAUUUUCUGGUUGGGAUGCUGGCUUCCAGUCUGCAAGUUCUGGAACUUUUCAUGGGGACUCUAAAUAUCACGACUCCUUUGUGCCUCACCCAGAUGUAAAGUAUCAGAACCGCACUGUAGACAGUGAUGUGACAAUGAAAUCUGAUUUAUUUCCUCCUGCACCAGUUGGAGAGCUGAAGGGUGACUCAAAUGAUCCUUCCAGCACAAGCAGUAGCUGGAUGGAAGACGAUCUAUGGCCAAGUAAAAAUAGUAAAACAUUCAACAGUGAGAAUGCCAACUCAAAAGAUGAUCCUUUUAAUCCCUGGCAAGAUUUUGCAAGCUCUGAAAAUGCACAAACAAGUGAAAAACCUGCAUCUUCGGACAAACAAGCUUCAGAUGUCAAUAUGGAGAGCCUAGGUACCCAUGUGCAGCAAAUGGACCUCUUCUCAGCAGUGUCCGGGAGUGACAACGUUUCUACAAAUGAAAAUAUGCAUGAAAAUUCCACCUCUAACAGGCUUGAGCUUGCGGGUGUUCAAACUAGUGAAGAUGGGACUGGAUUUUCAGCAAAUACUGCAAACUCCAAUGUAGUUGAGUCAUUGAUGUCACAGAUGCACGAUCUUUCCUUUAUGCUCGACACCAACCUUCCUAUCCCUAAAACAGAGCAGCAAUGAUAGUUCAGUUUGGAUAGAUAUAGGUACCUGGUGUUCAGUUCAGAUAGAAGUAGGUAUCUGAUGUUAAGCGAUGGGAAAAACAGAAAAUCUAUAUAUAUCAGAGCUUCUUUGUGAGAAUGGAGAAACAAGAAAUGUAAAAGAAAAAAAGUGGAAGUUGUGGGACUUGCCUCAAUCUGCAAUCUGGUGGACCAUUUGGAUGGAGAGAGAUAUAAGAACUUUUCAGGGCAAAUAUAGAACUACUGGCAGGCUUAUUGAUGUUGUAAAAUGCUUGUUUUAUAAUUGGUCUUUUAGUUCAAAAAUUUCGAGAACAUUCCUCUUGAUAUGGUUCUCAGUAUUUGGCACGCCGUAAUUUUGUAACCAGCUUGUUUUGAUUUUCUCUAUGUAUUUUCUCUUGAUAUGGUUCUCAUUGAUGCUGUAAAAUGAUUGCUAUAAUGGUCUUGAUAUGGUUAUCAGAAAUUGGCAUGCCACAGUAUUGCAACCA